ACUCGUACACAGGCAGAGCAACUCUUUCUUGGGCAGUAGGAGUGUUUCUUAACAAGUCAGUCUUCCUCAGGACACCAUGGACUCAAACUGUCAGUCCAGCAGUCAACAAACUCUCUGGAAGGAUGUUGAAGUAGCAAAGGAGAAGAAGAGCAGAUACCGCAGCUACCAGCUGGGGGCGCUGGUGGUGACCCUCCUAGUUCUCUCCCUGACCCUCUGUGUCUUUAGCCUCAAACACUUCUGGACCCCAGGCUCUGGGAAGGUGUACGGCUUGCAGUACCGCGUGCUGCUGGACGGGGUGGAGGUGGACAGUCUGAUGGAGAUCGACCCCGCCAACCGGCUGGAGAUCUUCCGGACAGGGAACGGCACGGACGAAGUCCUGGAGGUUCACGACUUUAAAAAUGGAAUAGCUGCAGUCCUCUUUGCCAGACAUCAGAGAUGCUACAUCAGGGCGCAAACCAAAGAGUUUCCCGAAAUCACAGCAGUGCAGCGGGAAGACAUGGACGUGGAGGGCACUGAGAUUGCAGAUACGCAGUUUGAAGACUCACAGGUCUGGGUCCCUGCAGAGGAGCCCAUUGAGAACCGAGCUGUCCUGCUCAGCUCCAGAAUCUCAGAAAUGUGUGAACACCUGCCCGUGCACUGGAUCCACCCCUCAUCUCUGAACGACGCCAAGCUCCACGACACUGUGGACGCGGAGGUGGAGAAGGAGUCUGAGGCUGGGGUGAAAGGUCGGCGGCAGGCCCGUGAUGUCACAGAUUACCUGGACGUCAAUGACUACAGGGAGAACGGAAUCGAGCUGGACGACAGACUGGACGAGACGGGGGUCUGCUGCCAGCACUGUCGCCGUGGUUACCGUUUCUGCCAGCGUUACUAUCAGCCCCUGGGUGGCUACAUGCCCCACCCCUACUACUACCACGGGGGCGUCGUGAUCUGCAGGAUUGUGAUGCCAUGCAACUGGUGGAUUGCUCGCAUGCUUGGAAGGGUCUGAACAGGGUCCUCCUGCGUGAAGCUCAUCUACACUCUGGACUGGACAGGAUUGUCCCAGACCAUCAACAACGUGAACUAUUGUUUUGAUUACUCGUGCCUAGAAUUUCAGGGUUCACCUGCUUUUAUAAGGGGGGAGGUAUGUUUGAAGUUAGACUAGGCGUUUUGUAGCAUUUUGUUACUUAUGUUUACAGGUUAUGUUAAAACAUAUUCCUAUUCUAAUUUAACCAUUUCUUAUCAUGUAUUUUUUUUCCUUAUUUAACUUUCACAAAAGAAAUUCAAGUCAUUGCAUUACAAAAUUACAGUCUUUGGAAUUUAAUAAUAAUCAUUCAAGAUUCCUGGCUCUGCAGCUGGUGUUUUUAUGCCAAGAGCCUUACUUUCUUGUACAAUAGGUUCAGUGUCCUCCAUCUGGGCCCUGACAAUUAGACUAGGUGUUUCCACUGCCUAAUCACUUUCAUUAUUGUCUGUCCCUUUUUAUUCUGUUUUCCUGUAUCUCUAGUACACAUGUCUUUGUAUUGGCUUGACUUCCUGUUUUAUUUUUUUCACGGCACUGCUUCUCCUUAAAAUCGUUUUUUGUUUUACAUGUCCGCUUUCCUUUCUGAGCCUGUAGCCUGAGAUAUCACCAUUAUAACACACAAGGAACAGGGAAGUCUGCUUUUUUAUGUGAAUAUACCUCUGAGUGAAAUUCAGCCUUUUCACCCUAAUAAUUACUGAGUAAGUCGGCAUUUUUUAUAUAUUAACACUAUUAACUUGCUUGUUCGGUAUGAGAGCUCUUCAGGCCACUCAAUUACCCCUUGUGGUGUUGCAGGGACUUGACUGGCAGGCCCCCCUCUGUGAUGCACAUUCAUCUCUGGGCCCUUCGCUCUUCUCUUAUCCCUCCUUGUCAACUCAGAAAAAAAUAGCCUCAGUGAAAUAAAUUAUGAAAUGCGAUAAACUGUACCUUUUUACAGUAUUUUUAAUGUGAUACAUUAGCAUGCUCUAAUAAAUUACAGGUUUAAUCAUGCAGAUCUGUGGUGUAAAAAUCUAUUUAUUAAGUUUUUCUCUGUGAUAAAUUUCCAAGCUGUCACAGGGCUGCUCCUGGAGUUUCACGCCUCUGGUACAGGAGUAGAUCUCUCUCUCCCUCUCUCUCUCACAUUACGAAUGCCAGGAGGGCAUCAGGCUCGUCCUGCUCUGUGGCUGGUGGUCACUUUGAGACCCGACAGCUGGCUUGUGCAAUUCUUCCUCCUCAUUGCCGCCUCCCCCCUCCUUUCAAGAAUUUCGGCAGCGCCCCCUAAUGCACGUGCACGUGUGUGGGCAUGUUUUACCAGCAGUGCUGGGGACAAAAUCCCAGGAAAUUCCCCGACGACAAUGGAGA